AUGUUCGAAACUUUGCAAGCAGCUAGCGCACUUGCGCAGACAAUCCAACUGGUCUGGCGGCUCUGGGACAUGGGCUUCAACCAGGUGAAGAAUGCGCAUAAGCAGUACGUCGAAUUUGGUCUCGCACUACGAAAUCUUGGGAAAAACCUGGAGACAAUCAGAGCCGUCAUCGAAAAUGCCUACAACCAGCUCCAACGCGGCCGCCUGCGGCCCUUCGAUGAAGAGGAGUUGCUCCCAAUGACCGAUUUUCACCUCAUAAUUGGAGACUACCGGUCCACUCUCUACGAGUGCGAGAAAUUGCUCUCUGAUAGGUCCAAAUUCCGGCACGGUGGCGGUAGGAAAAAUUUCGUGCUCAAUGUUGUCUGGAACAUAGAAAUCGAGCCUGAGGUAGCAAGGCUGCGCGACCGCCUAGCCUUCCACAACAUAAAGAUCCUCAUGAUCCUUAAGCCGCUCGAGAUGAAGAUGCUGGCCGAUAUCCGUGCUCUUAUCCUUGAUCUUCACGACGAGGUCAUGAUCGAGUUGAAGGAGAUCAAGGGCAUUCUCACCAGCUCCAGCACCGACGAAGAGCGCAAACUACUCUCGUUACAAGUCCCAGAAAAUUUGGCUGCCCGGUUGGAGGACGCCAUGGUCCAACACCAUCCGGAAUGUCAAGAUCCCGACACAUUUCCCUUGCAGCUCGGCAUGGAUGCCUUCAUACGCUGCUUCCAGGAUGGCAACUCAACCUCGGAGACUGACACAUAUCUCAAUCUGAUGAAGUGCCUUUGGAUCAUGAGAAGGAUAAAAAGAAGCGUCGAGUACAGGAAACUGCCCGAAGGUUCUCUCUGGCAGCGCUACGUGAGCCGAAUGGACUACCGGCUCUCAAAAAAGUGUGAUCACUGGAAGCAGUCGUUCGCUCCUGAGCCAGACAUGGAAACUAUUCUCCGCUUGCCUGAUGACGACUUCCAACUCUGGAAAGCUGAAGACGAAGAAAGUGAGCAGGACAUGACAGGAGAUGACAGUGUCUUUCUCACGGAGCUGUUGAACGUCACGCUAUCCUCGGAAAGGGGCUCAAGUACCCACAAGCUACGAGUACUCCAGAACGUCGACAGCACCAUCCAAAUCCAAAACACUGCAACCACAACGACAGGGAACAGAGAGUUCAACGACGUCCAUCGCUUCGACGCCUAUCUGGACAAGGCACACUUCGUUCCCAUUUACGCAUGUCCGAGCUCCGCAAGCACUGCCCUUAACGUCAAAUUCAAGAGCGACAGGGAAUCCGCAAAUGGCAUAUCACCAUCUUUCACCACGCUUGGCGACCUUCUUAAGUUUCAGGAAAUCAUAACUGGUUACAAAACGGUUUUAUACCUUGGUGAUUUGGAAGUCGAACGUCACAAUGCGGGAAGGUUCUCGUUUGGGGGCUCGAUGAGCAAGGACAAAGGGAAGGUGCAAAUCUGGCAGAGAAAACGUCCUACUCAACAUCAACCAGAGGAGCAAAGCAGCCAAAGCAGUACAGUCAGUCCCACCAACCCCAUCGGACCAGAUGAGCCUCGGGGGAGACUCCUGUCGAAGAGUUCGGCAUCUCCACCAACUGAAAGCUUUGUCGAGAAAUGGAGGCGAGACUCAACGUUGUCAAUGGCUCCCUCUUCCAUUAUAGAAGGGAGCGUCUCGAGCACCAUCUUCACAGGAACUAGAAUUUCACGGAUGGACACAGGCUCGGGGACCAUCGCCAUCCGCAUGGAAAAGCCAGAGAUGCCCAAGCUGAUUUUGUUUCUGGAGUCCAAGAAAGGCGGCUCCCUUUCCUUUCUGUCUGUCGACAUGGACGAAGAUACUUUCAUCAACAUCCAGGCCUGCGACUGCCGCCGUCCCAGAUCUCGUUGCAAAGCGAUUGUGAUUGAACACCUUAAAGGACCUCUACCAGCCCGCCAUGUCACCUCCGCCGAUGGUCUCAAGUCCUGGAACAUCGCAACCCUUGGUGCCUCACAGCCACCGAUACCGCCAGAUCCUUUCGCAAUCAAGGAUCUGCGUUGGGUUAAGCUUCAGUUUACUUCAGUUGAGGAUAGGGAGAAAUUCUCAACGCGCUUCAAUGAUGUCAUGCGGCUUUACAAGGGCCGUCUCGCCGACUUUUACCACGACAUGGAGGCCGUGAAAGGAAGAAACGUGGUCACGACUGAGUUCCGAGAGAGACGUGGGACUUAA